UCGUGUGAAGGACCACUUCCGGCAAGGAGCCGCCAUGAAGCUCCUGACCCACAACUUGCUGAGCUCGCAUGUGCGCGGGGUGACCCGCGGCUUCCCGCUGCUGCUGAGGGCCACAGAAGUGAAAAUUAACACGGUGGACUUCAACCAGGAAUUUAUCUCCCGAAUGAUUCCAAAGAUGGAGUGGGCCGCGCUGGUCGAUGCUGCAGAGAGUAUUGGACAUGGGAACAACCUUCCCAAAGAGCUGCCCCAGGAGCUGCAGAGCAACGAGGAGUUCCUGCAGAAAGUGCACCAUGUCCUGCUGGAGGUCGAGGUGAUGGAAGGUGUCCUGAAGUGUCCGGAAUCUGGGCGGGAAUUUCCAAUCUCAAAGGGAAUACCGAACAUGCUUCUGAAUGAGGAUGAGGUGUAGGCGUCCUUACAUCUCUCAUCCUGCCUCCUGUGUCUCUGCUACCUUGUUACCCCCACCUCCCACCCCGGCAUCGGACUGUGUGUGACCGUCAACAGCGCUUGGAUCCAGCUGAGCAGUGAAGAGUCUUUGGUUUAGUUCUUGUCACAUCUCUGUAGACCUAGUGCAUUCAGCGGUGACUGCGUUUCCGCCUCUCCAUCCAGCCAGCAGCGCAGCAGGCAGGCAGCGAGCCCAGGUUGUUCUCGGCCGACACGCUGGAGGUUCCCAGGCCCGGACUAUUUGGGGAAAACAUUCCUCGGGAGGAGCAGUGAUCACUCGCCUCACUUUCCCCCCCCCACCACCAUCACUGGAGUGGCGCCUGAGAGCAGUCGGCCGUUCACAGCUACGAUUGUCACAGUGGGAUGCCCGAUUUUUAAUUUAAAAUAAAUUGUGUUUUUUUUUAUAUAUGUAAA